UUCAAAUGGUCCCCAGACACCACACUCGCAUAUAAUACUUAUAUUCGAAGACGCCAAUAUUGACCGGAGUGAAUUAAGAACCCCUUGAGAAACCCGUGAACACCUCUAUCAUCGUCCCUAAGAUUCCCCACAGACCAAAAAAAGACCCAUCUAAUUCCUCCUGUCAAAUCACAAUGGUUCAGAACAAAGCGUUCAUAUACAAGUCCGUACCCGAUGGUUGGCCAGUACCAGGCAAGGACCUGGCCGUCGAGGACAUUGGCUUCGACGAGUCGACUCCUCCGCCAAAGGGCGGCUUCAUCACCAAGAACCUCUACGCAACAUACGACCCGAGCCAGAGGGGAAGGAUGCGAGACCCCAGCGUGAAAUCCUACACUCCUGCCAUGCAAACAGGCAAGCCUGUCCUCGCAGUCACCGUCAUAGGCAAAGUCCUCAAGACCGACAAUCCCAAGUUCAAAGAAGGCGCCAUAGUCCUACUCUGGACCCACCCGACCGAGUCCUACUCGAAAGUGGACGAGACCCAAGCCGGCCGGGCUGAAGUUGUCACCCCAAAACCCGGUGUGCCUCUGACAGCAUAUCUGGGCCUCCUGGGCAUGACCGGCAUGACCGCCUACGGCUCCCUGCUGGAAAUCGGCCAGCCGAAGAAAGGAGAUGUCAUUCUGGUCUCUGCCGCCGCUGGCGCUGUCGGCCAGAUGGUCGGUCAGAUCGCCGUACGAUUGGGUCUCCACGUCAUCGGCUCCGUCGGCGACGACAAGAAACUAGACUUCAUCAUCAAUGAGCUGGGCUUCAGUUCCGGGUUCAACUACAAGAAAGAGAACAUGACCGAAGCGGUCAAAAGGCUCGCCCCCGACGGACUGGAUAUCUACUUUGACAAUGUCGGCGGCGAACUUCUGGACGUCGCCAUGGCAAACAUGAAAGAUUUCGGCCGUAUCAUCGCCUGCGGCGCAAUCUCCACCUACAACAACGGCAAGGACACGACCCCUUACGGCCUGAAGAACUACAGUGCCGUGGUCCGCAAGCGCCUGCGCUACCAAGGCUUCAUCGUCUAUGACCCGAACAUCAUCCGCUGGAAGGCCGAGCGCGACGAGAACGUGUCCAAAUGGAUCGCCGACGGUAGCUUCAAGUCCAUCGACCACGUCACCGUGGGCAUGGACAAUGCCGUCGAUGGGUUUCUGGGUAUGCUCAAAGGCCAGAACCUGGGGAAGAGUAUCUUGAAGAUUGCGGAUGAGUGAUGCUGAAGCUCAAGGUCGGGUACAUGCACAUGUGUGGCACACUAUUUGCUGUUCCAUGCUUUGCUCCCUUGAUUGAAAAAUGAAACCCUUACCUAGGUAUUCUAUGCUAAGCUAUGCAUGCCGUGCCAUGCCGAAAUUCAUUUGUAACUGGUAACAGC